AUGUCGACUUUAUGGGCACUUAUUGCAUCAAUUUUCUAUUUGGAGUUGAAAUUUGUAAAUAAUUUUGUAUUACCUUUUGAAGGACUUUAUAAAUUGGAUAUUAUACAUUUCAACGACUUUCAUGCAAGAUUUGAGGAAACGUCUAUCGAAACCCCAACGUGCCACUUCAACAACGGUUCCUGCUUAGGUGGCUUCCCUCGCUUGUACAGCGCGAUUAGCAGUUUGAAGUGUCAGAACCCACAAGCACUUCUUCUGAAUGCCGGCGACAGUUUCCAAGGCACUUACUGGUAUACAUUGCUAAAGUGGAAAGUCACACAGGAGUUUAUGAAUUUACUACCUCACGAUGCACAUGCAAUUGGUAAUCACGAUUUUGAUGAUGGACCAGAAGGACUAGCCCCAUAUAUCGCCACCCUCAAGGCGCCUGUUUUAGCUGCUAAUAUGAAUUCUAGCAAAGAGCCUAUACUGCAGAAUCUUUAUAAACCCUAUGUUAUAUUAGAACGAAGCGGUAGAAAGAUCGGCAUAAUUGGAUUGAUUACUCCCGAUACUAAGACAUUAUCCUUCACUGGUAACAUCGAAUUCACUGAUCCUCAUACAGCAACGAGGCGCGAGGCUGAAAAGUUAACUGAAUUAGGAGUGGAUAUAAUAAUUCUUCUUUCCCAUUGCGGCUAUGAUGUUGAUAUAGCACUGGCCCGUGAACAUGGUCAAUACGUUGACGUAAUUGUUGGCGGUCACUCACACAGAGAUGCGUCCUUUGUGAUACCGUAUUUAACGAUCAUCGAGGCAGAUGGUGAACAGAAGAAACAGGUCGUCGUUGUGCAAGCAUAUGCGUUUACGAAAGUUUUAGGCAAUCUCUCAGUUUAUUUCGACGUCAAUGGAAAUGCGAUAAAAUGGGAAGGAGAACCAAUAACGCUGAAUAGAUCUAUACCGGAAGACGAAGAGGUAAAACAGAAAUUAGCUCCUUAUGCUAAGUUAGUGCACGAAGCCGAAAAUACGCCCGUUGGAGCUAUUAAAUCGACGCUGGAUUAUCGUGACUGUGCGCACGGAGAGUGCAAACUGGGCAAUCUGUUGGUUGACGCUUUAAAUUACCGAGCAAAGCAAACAACCAAGAAAGCCGAUUGUAUAACAUUUGUCCAGCGUAGCAAUAUAAAUGCUUUAGUACCAAAAGGAUCAAUUACAAAAGGGUUGAUUAUCGAGCUAUUCCCUUACUAUGAUUUUGUUGAAACAUUCAAACUGAAAGGAAUAUAUAUUUUAAAAGCAUUGGAAAGAAGUGUUAGUGAACUGACAUCAACCGUUCCUUUCGAAGGACCAUGGCUUCUGCAAGUUUCUGGACUUCACGUGAUAUAUAACCUAACAGAGCCUGAAGGACAGCGAGUAGUCGCUGUAUAUGUUGGUGAUCCCGAGGCAAGCAAUGAACUGGACAAAGAAGGCUAUUAUCAGGUCACAGCACCUGCUUACUUGGCGGACGGCGGCGACGGUUAUUUGAUGUUCAAGAAUGAAAAAAAGAGUGUUAAAAUAAUAGGUAGAGACCAAAUAAUAUUGGAGAACUACAUUAAGGAAUUUUCUCCAUUGUCAGUCAACACAAAUAAGCGCAUAAUACUUACUUACUAA